CCUACCAGGGUUACCUGGCCUGUGCACACAAGACAAGAAGGCACUAACCUGCGCUAAAACGCGGGACCCCUCCCCGCCCCAAAGCCUAGAUCUACAGAUACCGAACCCACACGUCCAGGUUGUUCCCCUCUCCUCCAUCCACAUAACCAUACUUGCGCAUCUCGUUUGGGUCAAUUGAUUCCCCUUAGUUUAUUUCAUUUUCUUCCAGUUCGGCCUCUAUACCCCAGUCAUUCCCUUUCAACACCAAAGAAUUAAACCUGCAAAUAGAGUUGAGUGCAGCAGUAGCUCUAAGAACGCAGACGAAUGGAUCAGAGGCUUUUUCCCAACUGACGUUUAUCUUGCAUUCCAAACAACAGCGAUGGCGGCUAUUUGAUACAUCUCUUUUGUUCUUCUCUAGUUCUUUCCCCUUUCCUCGUCCUUCUUCAUUUAACGCCUCGUCUCAUUUCGAUCGCACAAGCCUCGCUCCGUUCCGAUCUCGCUGCCCGACACCCGCCCUACCUACACUAGAGGGGCCCUAGACUAGACCCCGGCCACCCAGCUCACCGCAACUGUAUUCGCACUAUGGGCCGACGCCCAACUUUCUAACCGGCUUGAAAAUAGGAUUGCUCCUGAAAACCCAAACCUCCGUCUUGCCUUGUGUUUUGUGUUGGGCAUGACCAAUGGCAUUCUGGGUCGUCGGGCCUGGCUCUGCCUCUGGCACUUGGAGCGACAGUCCUCAUAGACAGCACGAGUCUGUAGCAAUAGCUGGUCUUGCAUACCUUGUUAUACAUGAAGAAAGACCAGAUGAUCCGAUGCCGCAAUAUCAAUCUCGAUCCCACGACUAUUCUCCUACCGAGCCCGACCAAGACACCACACAUUGUUGUGCUUUGAUGGAAAGCACUGAAUCCGGUGUCCCCAUUACAUCAGCUCCAGCAUCUUCUCUUGCUAGCUACGAAGAACGCGACAAGAGAGAAGGGCGUAUAAUUGGAGAUUUGGAAGCUGCAAGUGUGGUUAGGGACCAUGUCAUUGCAUCCCAGCGGCGAAAUGCAAAUUCCAAGCAUGCCAGAAUUCUACGCGCUCUGAUUAAUCCACGCUAUGGGUCGUCCUUAACGGCAGGCAUGUCCGGUGGCCAAAUUACAAAUGAUCUUUUCCCUCUCGAUGACGAUGCGCUCCAAAGUCUAUUCUCAGCUGCAAACGAGCUAUUCUUUGCAAAUAAGCUGUCUCGCCGUGUCAGCUGGGACUGGAGUGAUCCGUCAAGUCCGCAAUUUGAAAACGAAAUCGUCGGCACAACUGCCCUACGCCGGUGUAGAGACUUUAACGGUUGGGAGACGCUAAUGGUUUUGUCAUCACCAGUGCUCCGUGACCCCCAAUACAAUCGCCAUCUCCUCAUCGCCACGUUUUUACACGAAAUGAUACAUAGCUUUCUGUACGUCAUGUGUGGUCUCAAGGCCAGCAAUGGGGGAGGACACACAGAAGGCUUCCGCCAAAUCGCCCAGAUUCUUGAUGACUGGAUUGGGCAACAAUACUUGCGACUAGGAGACAUGAAGGCCGACUUGGACUACUUUCGUAUUGAUAAUACUCCAGCACGAUCACGAGUGGCGGCGAUGGUAAACUACAGCUCACAAACAUCUAUUCCUUUGUCAAUUACAGGGUUUUAGCAGCGAUGCAUCACGGCAGUUUAGCCGAUAGGUCCCGGAGAAUGGACCAUCAAGAUCAUGUAAUUUCAAAUUCAAUGUUAAAACUAUGAUUUACUAAAAUCCAUAUGCAUUUUACAUUCUAAUCAUAAAUCAUGGUGCGAUGUUCAACUUAAUCAACGAUGACAAUGCUCAAACGCCUACUUCAUUCAUAAAACAAGUGCAUGGUAUGGCAGUCUACCGACGCCGUCACUUUGAGGUACCACUGAUGGCUUGAUACUGCGUAUUGGGCUGUUUUCUGUUCAGAAGAGGUUUAGUCGAAUCAUCUUCAUCCUCACUCUCCGAUGCAACAGCAGAUUCGUCUUGCAACAGGGUCGCGCUGUCAUCCACAGCAUCACUGUCACUUUCAUCACUAGCCGUAGCCAGAUUGUUCUCAUCUUCGAUCAUAAAGCUGACAAAGGCACCAGUCGCCGCAAACAGAGCAAGAUAAUAGUACGGGAGGACGACGUAGCCUCUUUUCGCCCCCCAAGUAAAGAUGAGACCUGUUGUAGCCGGUCCUAAACCUCGUGCAAUGCCACUAAACAUUGUAGCAUAUCCGUUAAGGGUUCCUAGUACCUUAAGGGAGCUGCACGAGUUGGUCAGGAGGAUGGUAGUAGACGGGAAGGCGACAAUAAUGCCAAAUGCCUUGAAAACCAUGACAACAAUGAUGGCGGCCACACGACCACGCUCGGUGGGAAAUAGGGCUGUGUACGGCGUAAUCAUGUAAACAAACGGUAGAAUCAUG